GACCGGGCUAGAGAGAGGUUAGAGAGAUGAAACCCAAAUUACUUUGCCUUCUCGUAAACGAAAAUAUCCACAAAAGCGAUAGAAAAGGGAGAAAUUUCAGUUACUUGGAACAGUGACAGCAGAAGAUAGAUCAAAGUCAUCAAACCCUUCAAGCUUUUUCAAAACCCUAACCCUAGAGAGAGAAAAAGAUGUUGGGAAGCGGAGAAAACGAAGGUAUGGGUCGGAUGAACAUGAUCUCAUCUUUGCCGCUGCAAGUUCAACCAAGCGCCAGUGAGAUGCAAUCGACCAGUGUUUCACUCAAGAAAGACGAUAGGGUUCCUCAGUGGACCCAUCAAGAGGCGAAAGAUUUCAUCGCGAUCCGAGCUGAAUUAGAAAGGGACUUCACUGUUACGAAGCGAAACAAGACGCUUUGGGGGAUUGUUGCAGCUAGGAUGAAGAAGAAAGGUUACAGAAGAAGCCCUGAUCAGUGUAAGUGUAAGUGGAAGAACCUCGUCAAUCGAUACAAGGGGAAAGAGACAUCUGAUCCAGAGAAUGGACGGCAAUGCCCGUUCUUUGAGGAGAUACACGCAGUUUUUGUUGAAAGGGAGAAGAAUAUGCAGAGAUUGUUGCUGGAAUCAGAGGUUGGGAAUGUGCAGGGCAAGAAGAAGGUGAAGAAGCUGAGUGGAGGAGAUCGAUCUUCGGAUGAUUUCUCAGAGGAUGAUGAAGAGGAUGAAGAUGAAAGCGAAGAAGAGAGGGCCACGACCAGCGGAAACCGCCGGAAGAGGAAAGCUGAUAGGGAGAAGCAUCAGCAGCAGCAGCAGAGGACUGAGAGAUCAUCAGUGAGGGUUAAUGGUGGGAGUAUUCAGGAGAUGUUGCAAGAGUUCUUUAAUCAGCUACAGAGGAUGGAUAUGCAGUGGAGGGAGACAAUGGAGAGGAGGGCUCAAGAGAGAAGGUUGAUAGAGCAAGAGUGGAGGAAGUCUAUGGAGAAGCUUGAGAGAGAGAGGUUGAUGAUGGAGCAGGCUUGGAGAGAGAGGGAGGAGCAGAGGAGGAUGAAGGAAGAAAGAAGAUUAGAGGAGAGAGAUGCCCUUUUAACCUCUCUGUUGAACAAGCUCCUUAAUGAAAAUCUCUGAGAGACUAGAAGGUCAGUUAGAAAGUUCUGCUUCAGCAUUGGUACUGUAAUUGUAUGAAUUAAAAAAAAAAAAGAGUAUUUUCUUUGGGUUGUUAGGUAGGUAGGUACACAGAAAAGAAGAAGAAGAGAUGAAAGUUUUGCAUCUUUAGGAAAGGAGGAGACAGAGAAAAGCGGAGGAGAAAUGGCCUUUGGACCCCUUUGUUUAACAACCUCCUUAAUAAAGGUAUCAUCACUAAAGAUAUAAGGAAGCAGUUUGAGAAAAAGAUCUGCUUCAGCUUUGUUGAUUUAAUUGUGCAAGUGAGAAGGAGAACAGAAUGGGGAGCAGGGGAGGCAAUUUGUUAUAUUGGUUGUGAUAUAUACAGAAAACAGAUUAGAAUUUUUUUUUUUAUAGUUACGAAGAUAGACAGAAAGGGUGUCUUGGACUGUUGUAAAUUCUUCUAAAAUUGUUGAGGAAUUCAAUGGAGAGACCAUAUUUUAUUAA